UGCAAGUUAAUGUUGCCUGGAGGUAGAAAGGAUAGAUAACAAACUAGCAAAGCGAAGUUGAAUUGUAAAGGGCAAGGUAAUAUGUUCUUCCUGGUACUACACUUCUGAUAUCUCAAGGCACCUACACUGUUCCUGCAAAAACAUGGAUGUUAAAGCAGAAAGAAUCAUGUCCCCAAAAGUCACAACAGAGCUGUUGAAACAGCUGAGGCAGGUGAUGAAGCAGAUGAAGGAGCCAAUCCAAGCUCUGAUUGUGCCUUCAGGAGACAACCAUCAGAGUGAAUACAUUGCUCCGUGUGACUGUAGGCGUGAGUUUCUUUCAGGUUUCGAUGGCUCUGCAGGUACUGCAAUUGUAACAGAGGAGUAUGCAGCCAUGUGGACUGAUGGGCGUUAUUUUCUUCAGGCUGCCCAGCAAAUGGAUAAAAACUGGAUCCUAAUGAAAUUGGGUUUAAAGAGUACACCAAGCCAGGAAGAUUGGCUAAUAAAGGUAUUACCUGAACAGUCAAAGGUUGGUGUGGAUCCGUUUAUCAUUGCAUAUGAUCAAUGGAAAACCUUGUCUAAAGCACUGAAGAAUGCAGGUCAUACUCUUGUGCCUGUGGAAGAAAAUCUUGUUGAUAUGAUUUGGAAGGAUCAGCCGAGCCGACCUUGUAAACCUUUGUUAGUUAUGGAUUUGAGUUAUACUGGUAUGUCGUGGCAAGACAAAAUUGUGCAACAGCGUGCAAAGAUGGCAGAGAAGAAUGCCAGUUGGCUAGUGAUCACGGCCCUUGAUGAAGUUGCAUGGCUGUUCAACCUUCGUGGCUCUGAUAUAGUCUACAAUCCUGUCUUCUUCGCCUUUGCUAUCAUUGGUCUAAACUCCAUCAGACUGUUCAUUAACAAGAAGCACAUGGAAGACCCUGCUGUGCGAGAGCAUUUGCAGCUUGAUUCAAAUACAGCACCUGACUUCAGAGUUCAGCUACUCCCGUAUGAAUCUGUUCUAAGUGAACUACAGGCUAUUUGUUCCAAUAUGAACUCCAAGGAAAAGGUCUGGAUCAGUAGCAAAGCCAGCCAUGCUCUUUCUGAAGCGAUCCCAAAGAUGUUGAGGCUGCAGACAGUUUACACUCCAGUUUGCAUUACAAAAGCUAUGAAGAAUCCAACAGAGAUUGAAGGCAUGAGGCAAGCCCAUAUUAAAGAUGCAGUAGCUCUCUGUGAGUUGUUUGCUUGGCUUGAGAAGGAGGUUCCAAAAGGCAAAAUAACUGAAAUAGAUGCUGCAGACAAAGUUGCAGAAUUACGCAGCCAGCAAGACAAAUUUGUAGGCUUGAGCUUUUCCUCUAUCUCCAGCAGUGGUCCAAACAGUGCAAUUAUUCACUACAGGCCUAUCCCAAAUACAAACAGAACUUUAUCAUUAAAUGAAAUCUAUCUUUUGGAUUCUGGUGCCCAGUACAGGGAUGGAACUACAGAUGUCACGCGCACAAUGCAUUUUGGUACUCCCACUGAGUUUGAGAAGGAGUGCUUCACUUAUGUGUUAAAGGGACAUAUCUGCCUGGGUUCAGCAAUUUUCCCAAGUGGCACCAAAGGACACCUCAUUGAUUCAUUUGCAAGAGCCAGCCUUUGGGAACAUGGCUUGGAUUAUCUUCACGGCACGGGACAUGGAGUGGGAUCUUUCCUGAAUGUCCAUGAAGGCCCUUGUGGUAUUAGUUAUAAAACGUUUGCUGAUGAACCUCUUCAGGCUGGAAUGAUUCUGAGUGAUGAGCCUGGCUAUUACGAAGAUGGUAGUUUUGGAAUACGGAUUGAAAGUAUAUUUCUUAUAGUACCCGCACAAACCAAGUACCAAUACUUGAACAGAGAGAGCCUGAGAUUUGAAGCAUUGACUCUUGUCCCAAUUCAAACCAAAAUGGUGAAUGUUAAGUUACUCACUGAAAAAGAGCGUGAUUGGCUCAACAGCUACCAUCGGGUAUGCCGAGAGGUGACAGGAGCAGAGCUGGAGAAACAAGGAAAACUGGAGACGUUGCAGUGGCUCAUAAAGGAGACAGAGCCAGUCAGCAGCUGACGGGCCAAAUGGCCUUCUGUAAAAUGUACUCUACUGAUAAUUCAACAUCAUAAUUUACUCCCAGAGCUGGAAUGAUUUCUCCUUUAAUGUUAUUAUGUCAUUCUUACAAAGUAAAGUAUCUCAUGUUUCUAAGUUUUCAGUGCCUCUAUUUCCAUCUGAUUUGACUUUCAAAAAACUUGCAUCUCCUCGCAUGAAACUUUUGUAAUAUAACAACUUUUACAAAGGUGUUUUAGUCAAUGUUUUUGGUCAUUUUGGUGCUUAGAAAUGAAGGCGAUAUUUAAACUAUAAAACCUAGAAAUAGAAUUAAAGUUCAAUGUCCUUACGUGCAGCCAGCCACAAAACAAAAUCAAUAGAACCCAUUUUUAAAAAAGCUGUUGAACACCCAAUGUGCAGAUAAAAACAAAUAAUGCAAACAAUAAAAAUAAGGAAAUAGCAUUUGGAAUUGAAGUUCACAAAAGUUAAGUCCACAGCCAUGAAGCCAGUCACAGCUGAUCCAGGAACCUGUUAGUUACAGGUCACAGCCUUUUAAAUCAGCCAAACAGUGGGUCAUUCCUCACUCUUGGACCUGGGCCCUGGCACUUCAAUACACCUUCAGGCCCGGGACUGCUAUCUCGGUUUGGCCCAUACCCUAUCUUUCCGAUCUGGCUAGGCGCUUGAAUUGGUCAUGUAUUGGCUUAUUCCUUGCUCUAAAGCCUGGCCCUGCCUCAGAUCUGCCACUUUGAAUCGCCUUCAAGUCUGCUUCAGUGAUUGUUAUACUUUUGCUCAUUCCUCACCCUCUCAAGCCCAGCCACCUCGAUUUGGUGCGUACAUUCCAUGCUGCAACCUUCCUACACCUUCAAGACUACAAAAAUGCCAUUUUAUACAGGUAGUUCAAAAGCUCAACUCUGAAAGGGAAGUUACGGGUUUUUGAUUGCAGUGAUUGUUAUUGAGAAAAACUCUAAUUAAUAAAGUAGAUCAUAGUUUUGUUUGCUGCCAACAAAUCUUUGUGUUUCACCAGCGACAUCUUAAACCACCUGAUCCAUCCAGUCUGUUGUACUAUUCCAUAAUGGCUGAUUUAUCCCUGUCAACCCCAUUCUCCUGCCUUCUUCCAUAACCUUUGAUGCCUUUACUAAUCAAGAUCUUAUCAACCUUCUCUCUAAAUACACCCAGUGACUUGGCCUCAACAUCCAUCUGCAGAAGUGAAUUCCAUCUUUUGGCUAAAUGAUUUUUUCUGCUUCUAUAUUCUAAAGGGAUGCCCCUCUAUUAAGAGGCUGUGCUGUCCAGUCCUGGACUCCCCCACCAUGGGAAACAUCCACUCUGUCUAGACCUUUCAAUAUUUGAUAGAUUUCAAUGAGAUGCCCUGUAGCAGUGGAUGAAGUAUUCAUUAACUCUGAGAUCACUGUUUGGGUAGCUUUAUUAUUUGAGAUUUUAUUGAAUUUGUACAAAGUACUGCUAUAUAUGAACCCCAGUAGUCUCAGCCUUGUUCAACAUCCCCCUGAGCUCACCUCUGAACCAGCCAUAUGUUGUUUUUAAAACCUUAUUCCUUUGCUACUUUCCUCCCUUGUUUUGGUCUAUUCUUUUCCUGUAAGCUUUCCAAGAUCUUCAUUCUUCUGAGAUCCCUAUUCUCCAAAAAAUGCCUUUUAUACAUUCCUGAAUUCUAAAAACUGUCCAUGGGUUUGCGCGACUUUUCAUGCCUUGAACAUAGGCUUCUAGAAUUUCUUCCUGAAGCCCUAUUUCUACUGAACACAUCUAUCCUCCUCAAGACCUUGAUUUCUCUAUUACUUUUGUAAACUGUCUUCUAGUUUUCCUUGAUAAUACUCUAGUGAAAGCAAUUCAUCACAAUUUGGCAUUAGAUAAAGUUCAAGAAUUUUUGAAAUGUGUGUAUCAUUGGUAAAUCCAAAAUGGGUUGCCCUAUUAAAAUGGCAGUUCUUGCAUCCUUGUUGUCCUGUAUAAUAUGUUCCCAAAAUGCUGUUUGAGGAGGGAAUUCCAGGAUUCAGGAUCAGGUUUAGUAUCAUUUACAUAUGUCAGGAAAUAUGUUUUGUGGCUGCAGUACAGUGCAAGACAAAAAUUUGCUGUAAGUUACUAUCAUAAAUAUCGAUUAUAAUGUCUUUAUCUGUCACAUGUAUAUGGAAACGUACUGUGAAAUGUGUCCUAUGUGUUAAGGACCAAUACAGUUUGAAGAUGUUCUGGGGGUAGCCCACAAGAGUUGGCGUGCUUUUACCACCAACAUAUUGUGUUUCCAAUUUACUAACCCUAACUUAUUUGUGUUAGAAUAUGAGAGGAAGCACAGGCACCCAGUGGAAACCCAUGCCAUCAGGGUGAGAUCAUACAAACUUACAGGCAACAGUGGGAAUUAAACUCGGAUCUUACAGCUAGAACUUGAAGGAUUAUGGAAAUAACUAUGCUGCUAAACUGUCCACAACAAAUAGUGCAAAACAAGAAUAGCGAGACUGUUGUUGGGUUCAUGGACCCAUCUGAUGGUAGAGAAUUAAUAAGAUGGCAUUAAUUUGAGCAUUCAACUAGUGUGCAAAUGACAACACACUGCAAAUACAAAAAAAUAAGUUAAUGAAGCAAUAAUUAUUGAGAACAUGAGGUGAAGAACCGUUAAAAAUAGGUCUAUUGGCUGUUGGAGCACAUCAAUGAUGGGGCAGUUGGAAUUGAGCGGUUAUCCUCUUUGAUUCAAGAACAUGAUGGUGGAGGGUAGUAACUGUCCCUGAACCUGGUGGUGUGAGUCUCCAGGCUCUUGUAACUGCUUCCUGAUGACAGCAGGGAGAAGGGAUCACGUCUGGGAUCUCUGAUGAUGGAUGCUACCUCCCUGCAUUAACAUUUCAUGUAGUUGUGCCUAUUGGUAGGGAGGGGUUUACCAGUGAUAGACUGGGCUAUAUCCACUACUUUUGUAAUAUUUUCCAUUUAAGGUCAUUGGUGUUUUCAUACCAGCCUGUGAUGCUCUCCACUGCACGUCUAUAGAUAUUUGUCAAAGUUUUAUAUAUCAUGCUGAAUCUCUGUAAAUUCCUAUGGAAGUAGAGGUGCUGCUGUGCUUUCUUCAUAAUUGCUCUUACAUACUGGGGCCAGGGCAGGUCCUCCAAAAUAAUGACAUAAAGGAAUUUAAAAUUGCUGACCCUCUGUACUGGUGAUCCUCUGAUGAAGACCAGUUCAUGGACGUAUGGUUUCCUUUCUCUGGAGUCAAUACUCAGCUCCUUGGUCUUGCUGACAUUGACUAAGAAGUUGUUGUUAUGGCAUCACUCAGAUAUUUUCAAUCUCCUAUAUGCUGAUUCAUCACCACAGGGGGCUAAGCAUACAGCCUUGUGGUGCAUCUGCACUGAUGGAGAUUGUGGAGGAGAUGUUGUCAAUCCAAACUGACUAGAGUCUGCAAGUGAGGAAAUAGAAGACUGAAUUGCACAAGGAGGUAUUGAGGCCAAUGUCUAAGAGAUGAUUAGUUAGUUUUGAGGGGAUGGUGUUGAAUGCGGAGCUGUAGUUGAUAAAGAGCAUCCUGACGUAUUUAUCUUUGCUGCCCAGAUGUUCCAGAGUUGAGUGAAGAACCAGUGAGAUGACAUCUGUGGAUGUUGCUCUAGUAGGCAAAUGAAGAAGAUUUAAGUCUCUUCUAAAGCAGGAGAUAAUAAGUUUCAUUAUCAACCUGUCAGUACACUUCAUCACUCUGUUUGUAAAUCCUACUGGACAAUAAUCAUUGAGUCAGUUUACCACGUUCUUCUUGGGCACUGGUAUAGUUAAAGCUUUCUUGAAGCAAGUGGGUACCUCAGACUGCCAAAGCAAGAGGUUAAAGAUCACAAUGACCAUUCCAGCCAGUCAACCAGCACAGGCUUUUAGUACUUGCCCAAGUACCCUGUCUGGGCUAGAUACUUUUUGUGAGAUAAUCCUCCUGCUAGCCUCAGACUGAAAUCAUAGGAUCAUUGGGGGCUGUUGGAGAUGGUGAAGGCCUCUCCAUGUUUUGAUGGUGAAAGUGAGCAUAGAAGACAUUGAGCUCAUCUGGAAUUGAAGCCCUGUUGUUGCCUAUGUCACUUGAUUUAACUUUAUAAGAGGUGAGAGUAUUCAAGCCCUGCCACAAGAGUUGAACAUCCUUCGUUAACUCUAGUUUGGUUCGGAAUUGCCAAUUUGCACGUGGAAUGUCUUUCCAGAGAUUGUAUCUGGAUCUUUAACUUUGUUAGUCACCAGACUUCAAUGUCUCUGAUCUGGUUCUCAGCAGACUGUUGAUCUCAUAGUUUAUCCAGGGAUUGGGGCUCUGAAUGAUUUUGUGUGAACACACUUGUCUACAACUGUUUUAAUAAAGUCUGUGACAACUAUGAUGUCAGAUCCCUAACAUGAGUCCUUGAACAUGACCCAAUCUAAUGACUCAAAGAAACCCCUGCAACCACCUUUUUGUUGUCCUAAUCUCUGGACUGGUUCUAAGGUUGACAUAGCCGGAGGUGGUAAUGAGGAUAAGCUCUCACUACCUAUAAAAUGCUUCCACAUGGCUUGCUUCUCAAAUGGCCUCUGUCAACCAAGUCCAGCUCCCAGCCUUCACGUGGCGGAACUGUUCCUACCAACGGGAGAAGGGGCAAAGGCAAGUCUCUGGCGCCUCAAAACCAGAUGCUUCGGGCAGGUGGGGCUCAUUAUUCCUGGUCGACUGCCCACUGAGGAGAAGGAAAGCUCUGAUAUUAAAACCUCCGCUGCCUUGUGGCCACAUCCAAUCAUGGGUAAGGCUACGGGAGUAAACCCUGAGAAGAAAUCCGGAGCUGGAGUCCCAUAGGCGGUCAAUAGGGAAGACUUCAUCAAUCUAUUGUCCAGCAACUCCUGCAGCCAAAGAAGACACCGUGUGUAAUGAUCUUCGUGCCAGUAGACCCUGACCUCUGAGGCUGAGAGAGUGGGACUGUCUCCGUGCUAAGGCUUUUUCACUAUAAUACCUUUCACGCACAGGUCCUUGUGUUGUGCAUCUUUGUCUUCUUUCUCUCUUCAAAAGUCCUAUGGUGAUGAGAGAGCAGCGAACCAACAGGUGGAGGUGACCACUGAGUUGCAGUUGUAAACCUGCACGUAGGCGGCCCUUGGACAGAUGGUCAUUCUCCUCUGAACCCAGGGCAGUAGGGGAGUCCAGCAGCAUCCAGGGUGACUGGGCAGCUCUUUUUAGGACAGCGCUGCCCACCCUGUAAUCAGGGAGGGGCCUGGAAAAGGUGACCUAAACAUCCGGCCAGUUAACCACGACUGACGGAUCACCCAAUCAUUGUGGUCAAAAUCAAAAUUCAAGCAUUGAAGCCAAGGUUUUGAAGGAUCAGCUCAGAUGGACCAGCCAUGUGAUCCACAUAGAUGAGUCCAGAAUGCCGCGUCAGUUGUUCUACGGAGAACUGGAGCAGGGCAACUGUGCCCAAGAUCGCCCAAGGAAGAGGUACAAGGACAACCUCAAGUCAAACCUUAAGUGGGCCACACUCCAGCCCCAUGAUCUCGAACACACAGCUGCUGAUCGGUCCAAGUGGCGCAAUCUAUGCUCCAAGGCAGCAAACAACUUCCAAGCCAACUGGCACAUGCAGCACCUCAAGGCGAGUCAAGAAAGACACAGGAAGGUGUCUGCUCCUGCCCCAACAGGCGAUGCUCCUUCCCAUUUGCAACCGUAUCUGCGCUUCGGACUUCGGACUCAGAAGUCAUAUGCGUGCCCACAGACGUCGACUGUGCAACAAGUCUUCCUUGGACUUACGAGAGACUACUACUAAUCUCUGGACCUUUACUCUUUGGCCUCUGCCUGUAUGCAAGGAAGAGGACAGACAAAUGAUUCAAUUUAUUGGUGUAGUAUGGGCAUGUUUUGGGACUUCUGGUGCUACAGGUAUAUACUGAUGGCAAUUGGGCAAGGUUUCUUUCAAACAAGUCUGGUUAAAGUCCUCAACUAUGAUUUGAAAUGCAUCAGGAUGACUGUUUCUUGUUGGAGAUGGCAUCACGCAGUCUCAAGCAUUUGAUUAUAGUUGCCCACUGGUGAUUUGUAUUUAGUAUUAUGCAGGAGAACUCCCUUUGUAAGCUGCAGUUAGUAUUAUGCAGGAGAACUCCCGAGGUAAAUAGAACAGAUGGCAUUUGACCGUUAGGUCGGGGAGCACAAGUUCGACAAAAUUGCUAUAUCAGACCACCACCAAUAGUUUAGCUUGAAACACACAACUCCAACCUUUGCCUUUUCUGAAUCAGCAGUUCAGUCAAGAAGCCUUCUAGUUUCAACCAGCAUGAUGGUCUGACUUGUUGGUCCAUGGCCCCUUCUACUGCCGCAAUGAGGCCUCACUCAGGUUGGAGGAGCAACACCUUAUAAUCUGUCUGGGUACCCCCCAGCCUGAUGGCAUGAACAUUGAUUUCUCGAACUUCUGGUAAUGACACUCCCCCUUCACCAUCCCCCAUCCCCAUUUCCCUCUCUCAUCUUGCCUCUCUCUGGUGCUCCUCCCCCUUCCCUUUUUGUCAUGGCCUUCUGUCCUCUUCUAUCAGAUUCCCCCCUCUCCAGCCCUUUGUCUCUUUCACUAAUUAACUUCCCAGGUCUUUACUUCACCCUUUUCCCUGUCCUGGUUACACCUAUCACCUGCUACCUUGUAUUUCUCCCUCCCCUCCUCCGACCUUCUUACUCUGACUUUUCAUCUUUUAUCCCCAGUCUUGAUGAAGGGUCUUGGCCCAAAAUGUUGUCUGUUUACUCUUUUCCAUAGAUGCUGCCUGGUCUGCUGAUUUCCUUCAGCAUUUUGUGUGUGUUUCUUGGAUUUCCAGCAUCUACAGAUUAUCUUUAGUUUGUGAUUAGCCUUUUGGCUUGAUUGCUGUAUCUGGCAUGCUGAGAGAAAGCCAAGUCUCGCUCAAACUUAGAAUACAACAGUCUCUCAUUUCCCUCCAAUACAGCAAUCUAGCCCUUACAUUCCUGAACCAACAAUUCAGGAUCAGCUUCUCCUCAGCCAUCAGUUUUUGAGUGGUCCCAUGAACUCAUGAACUCUACCUCUGUUAUUCCUUUUUUCUGCACUAUUUAUUUUUGUCAGUUAUUGUAAUUUUGUGCCUUUGUACUAUUGCUUCAAAGCAACAAAUUUCAUGUCAUGUCAGUUAUAAUAAAUCUGAUUCUUUAUGAUUUGUGCAAGUUCUUUGAUGAUUUUCUCUUCAUAUGGUGAUGAUACACUCCUCUGAUGUCAUUAACUGGUUUUGAUGAAUAAAGAAUGUUUACACUGUG